AUGAUUUAUUUUGGAUUUAUAUUGCUUACUCUGAUCCUUGGAGCAGUUUUAAUAAAACAUAGUAAAAAGGAACAACCAAAAAAGAUUUUUGAUGUUUAUGCUCAGAAAGGAAAAUGGUAUUACCUCAAGUAUAUCAUAAUAAGUUUAUUGAUAAUUAUAAAAAGGUUUAAAUAUUAUAUAUAUGGUAAAGACAACAUUGAGAAAAUACAUGAUUUGGAAAAGCUCCAGAUGUUAUCCAACCAUAAUCUUGCAUUUGAUGCUGUCUAUGUUCAAACUGCAUCUCAGAAUGGAAUAUACUAUUGCGCUGGUAUGGAGCGGCGACAUGGUGGCAAAAUAGUGGGAUUAGUUUAUAUUGUGCAUCCUGAUUAUGGAGUACUAGAAAGCGAAGAAUUACCUAAUACAAUUAUGGACGCUACCGUACUAUCUUUGUACAAUCAAGAUAGUUUUUCUGGUGGUGGUAUGACUUUUAUGCCUGUAGUACCAAUGAAAAAAUGGAAAAUUGGUUUUAAUGGCACAAUGAAAUUUCAGAAUAAUCCCCAAAAACGUGUACAUGUGAAUUUCGAAGCUGACUGGACAAGUGAGUAUGACUGGUUCUUUCUUGAAAUCGAUUUGCCUAUAUCAACUCUAGCCAGAAGUUUAGCAACUGAAGAGUGGUCCGAGCAAUGGUUUCAAAAUUUAAAGAAUGUACAUCAACGUCAUUAUGAACAAAUUGGUCAUGUAAACGGAACUUUAGAAAUAGAUGGAGAAGCAUAUCCAAUUGUAAAUUGGGAUUCAUUUAGAGAUCACAGCUUUGGUUUUAAAAGAGACUGGUCGCUUAUGCAUCGUUUUAUCUAUACUACUCUCAUUCUAUCCGACAAAACAACGAUCGUUUUAGGUUUAAUAAGUCAACCAAUUACCAUGUCACAUCUAGAAAUGGGAUUCGUAAAUCAUCCAGAUGGUAGGAUUCAUCCUGUCGAAAAAAUUGAUUUACUUCUGUACGAGCACGCUGAAAAUGGAGUUUUACCCAAGGAACUAAGUUUCAGUUUUAGAGCAGCAGGAGUGUCAUAUGAUGUGCAAAUGGAAUUUAUAUAUGAAGCGACACAUUAUAAAGGAAGCAAUGAAGACAUUGUUGUUACCGCAAGAUUUGUUAAAUGUGCUGUUAAUGGUAUUCCAGGACGAGGCUUCUCAGACUGGCAAUACAAAAAUUGUAUUUUUAAAUAA